GAACAGAAAGUUUAUGUACAUAAACCUUUUCUUUUUUUUUUUUUUUAUUUAUGUAUUGUUGCACCUGGUAGCUAGCUUUACUGACAGAAUUGAGAGCUCUGUUUGGUGCUUAGACAACUGAGAAACAAUGGGAUAGUGCAGGGAAGUUAACAAUUAACAGUCUCAGCUUAAAUUUUGUGACUGCAGGGAACUGGAAACACAGCUGCCUCUCUCUUCAACAAAAUCAGGUCUCCUGGUUAAGGGAAGAAUUUUUGUUAACAUCUUAGUUUCUGAAAAAUAAGCAGCUCCGAGUUGAAUGACUAUCGUGCAGUUAUGGUUUUAACCAGCCUGCUCAUAUUUAACUAUCUCUGCUCAUUUUAAAAAGGGAAGCUGAGAGAGUGGUAAUAAGGCUUUAGAAAUGUUUUUUACUUUACUUUUUUAAAUGAGAGUACAGAGCAAAAAAGGGAGCUGAAGGUAUCCAGCUGAAAAGAAGCAGCAAGGAAGAUGGGUCUGCUAAGUGUGGAUUUGUUGAUCACGCUUCAGAUCUUGCCGGUCUUUUUCUCCAAUUGCCUCUUCCUUGCUCUCUAUGACUCUGUGAUUCUCCUGAAGCACAUGGUGCUAUUCCUGAGCCGGUCCAAAUCUGGGCGCGGUGAGUGGCGGAGGAUGCUGACCUCGGAGGGGCUGCGCUGCGUCUGGAACAGUUUCCUCCUGGAUGCCUACAAGCAGGUAAAGUUGGGAGGAGAAGCCCCAAACUCCAGUGUAAUCCACAUAGUCAAGGACAGUGAUGGCAGCAGUAGCAGCUGGAAGAGUGUUGGUAGCAAGUGUGGAGCCAAAUGCCACCUUCUGGAUUUUGCCAACUCUGAGAGGCCACUUGUGGUCAAUUUUGGUUCAGCUACCUGACCACCGUUCACAAGCCAGCUGUCGGCCUUCAGCAAGCUGGUGGAGGAGUUCUCUGGUGUGGCUGACUUUCUGUUGGUCUACAUCGAUGAGGCUCAUCCAUCAGACGGCUGGGCUGCCCCUGGCAUCUCUUCCUCUUCAUUUGAAGUUAAGAAGCACAGGAACCAGGAAGACCGAUGUGCAGCUGCCCAUCAGCUCCUAGAGCACUUUUCCUUGCCACCUCAAUGCCAAGUGGUGGCUGACUGCAUGGACAAUAAUGCCAAUGUGGCCUAUGGGGUUUCAUUCGAGAGAGUAUGCAUUGUGCAGAGACAAAAAAUUGCCUACCUGGGAGGCAAAGGCCCCUUUUUCUACAAUCUGCAGGAGGUUCGGCUUUGGCUGGAACAAAACUUCAGCAAAAGAUGAAAUCCAGUCUCUACAGAAGCUGUGUCAAUAGAUGUGUCCCUUUAAGAUGAUUUAAAAGGGAAAAAAAGAAAA